GGUAAAAACAAUAUGUCUGUCAAAGUUCAGUGUUUUCUUUUAAAGUUAACAAACUAUCUGACAACAAUCUUCCUGUAACAACUAUGUAAUGGAAAAUCAUCCUAACUAAUUGAGAAGAACAAACACGAUUCACUAUUAUAUGCGAUCAUAUCUUGACACAGUCACAGUUUAAAAAAAACCUUGUAGGCCUUGUUUUUAUGUGGGUGUUCUGCAUGUAAUUCAGUGUUAUACAUACGAGAAUGUAAUUUAAACUGAAAAAGUGCUCUCGUGAUGGAAAGAAGUGUUGGGUCGAGACUGAUAGGACUUUUCCAGCAGUUAGAUAAGAUUGGUGGAAAGGCUGCUAAGAACCCAUCCUCUACAGAUGACCUACAACAGAUCAGAUACGUUACAUCUAAAAUAUACCAGCUACUUAACCAGCAAGAAAAAAUUCACAGAGAUUCAGUUCUGAAGAAUGCAGCACAGCUAGAUUUAAUCUUGUGUACUUUAAGGAAUUGUUCAGAUCGAGCAGUUGUUGUAAAUAUAAUACAUAUUCUUUUGGAGCUAUUGGGGAAAACUCAGGUUGGAAAAAGAUCUAGUGCCCUAGUCAGUGCUAACACUACCAAUAUUUUAUUACAAUGUAUGGUGAGAGAAACUGAAGAUAAUGUGACCAAUGAUGAUUUGUUGAUAUUAGCCCAUCAAGUGCUGGCAAAACUGUCAAGUAAAGAUAGGAAAUUUUCAACGAAAGCUCGAUUACACAGAACACUGCUGAUUACUCUGUCAUUGAUAAAGAGUAAUAUAUGUCAGUUUAAAAACCUACAAUGUUUGUUACAAGUGUUCAAAUCAUACACCAACAACAGUGUGAAUGCUUCAUAUUUGGGAAAGCACAAUGCUAUCCCUCCUAUGUUCAGAGUGAUUCAACAGUGUGGAAGAAAACAUACUACAGUACUCAAACUAGCACUGGAAAUUGUAUACAACGUAACCAAAUCUAGAAACAAUGCUGCUAGGACUAUAGGAGGAGAACAUGUACCACAUUUGUUAGGUUUAUACCAAGACUGGCACCAGUUAGAUACUAAACAUAGACAUGUAAACAUCAGAAAGGCUAUUCUGAAUAUUCUUAAAAAUAUCACCAACCUCAAAUCAGGAAGAAAAGCAUUAGCCGAUGCUAAUGGGAUACAAAUUUUAUAUGAUACUGCCCAGGAUGUUAUAGAUUGUCGAGAGAUGGAGAGUUUGAUACUGCUGGCCAGUGUGAUAAUGAGAAAAUGUUGCCCUAGAAAUAAACUACCAUGUGAUAUUAGGAGUCCAGUCAAAUUUGAACUGCCAGAAUCUGAACUUUACCCUGAAAGUACCAGACAAGAAGGCAGUAUGAGUUAUGGAAGUUCCAGCGAGACUCCCGACAGUGACAGUAGUUCUUUAGAGGAUGAUGAUGAUAUCGACAGUGAUGACGAGAGAUUCAAGACAGAUAACUCUGAAGAGACAGAAGACGAUCAAGGAGAAGCACCUCAGCCUUUUAAAAGAAAUCCUGAUGAUCUCAGGAUGUACGAUAAAUUCUUUCCGGAAAUAUUUGAAAUUGAGAUUAAAGAAGAUGAUGACCUUGACCCAUCACUUCUUCCUCCAACAUCUAUAUAUAUACCAACUGGUAACUUUGAAAACUUAAUGUCAUCUGAAGCUCAACAAAUUAAACAUUCUCUGUAUCAAAAGGAGGGAACUUUCAUGUAUUCUUCACGGACCAGUGGUUAUAGUAGUUAUGAAUCAGACUAUCCUGACUCUUAUCGAACGGGGCGGUGUGAUUCAGCUACAGCUAUAAACAUGAAAACAGGAUCUAGUCUCUUCUCUUUAGACUUGCCCCAAAAAGGUGCUAUCAAAAAAACAAUAAUUUCUCAACCAAAGACAAGCAAGAAAUCAAAAGCAGGCAAAAAGUCUAGCAUUAAUAAAAAAGUAGGAAAGAAAACAAGUACAACAAGCUAUCCAGAUUUACUAGAAUUUGAAAGUGAAUUUGAAGGUAUGAAUAUUUCUCAAGAUCAAAAAGAUGUUGACGAGACAGGAUCAAGUAGUGGUGAAGAAGAUGAUACUGAUUCAUAUUUCCAUGAUGUGUUAGUGUAUCAGGACAAGGCUUGUUCUACUAAAGGAGCGUAUAGGUUUGAGAAAAUAGGUUACCCUGAUCUGAUUGGAGCUAGAGGUUGUCCUUAUUUGGAGCCAUUAUACCGGAGAAAAUUUGGUGUUCAAAGAGCCAAAGUAUUUGAGGAUAUAGACAGAAUGAUUCACCCAGAGCAUGUGAUAGAUAGAGAUGUUUAUGAUGUGGAUGCUACCAUUAAAAGAUGUGGAUCAACUUACUGUAACAGAAAUUCUAAUCUUAGUAACAGGGAUGAACUUAGAAUUGGAAGUCAGUUAGAUGCAGUGGGAGCUAAUUCUCUUAGAUUUAAUGCUCAGUUUGAAUGUGGGAAUCUCAGGAAAGCUAUUUGGGUGAGGGAGUUUGAAUAUGACUUAAUUUUGAACCCAGAUGUCAACACAAACCACCACCAUCAAUGGUUCUACUUUGAAGUUAGUAACAUGAUAGCAGAUAUACCUUACAGAUUUAAUAUUGUUAACUGUGAGAAACUUAACAGUCAGUUUAACUUUGGUAUGAAACCAGUGAUGUUUUCUGUGACAGAGUCUAUAGAAGGACGGCCAUUUUGGUCAAGAGUUGGUACAGAUAUCUGCUAUUAUAAAAACCAUUUUACACGGAGUGCUCAAGCUACUGGAGGCGUUAAGGGCAAAACAUAUUUUACAGCAACAUUCACAGUCAAAUUCAAACAUAACAAAGACAUAUGUUACAUGGCAUACCAUUUCCCAUACACAUAUACUACAUUACAGACUCAUAUCCAAAUAUGGGAUAGAUCCACUGAUCAUUCACAGAUAUUUUUCCGUAAUCAAACAUUUUGUCAGACGAUUAGUGGUAAUAAUGUACCAGUAUUAACUGUCACAGCUCAGCCAAAGUCAUAUAGUAGAGAUAAUGUAGAAGAACUUAGAAGUAGACCUUAUAUAUUUCUUUCUGGAAGAGUUCACCCAGGAGAAAGUAAUUCUAGCUGGGUUAUGAAAGGAACCAUUGACUUUUUGCUCAGUAAGAAACCAGCAGCUCAACAACUUAGAGAAAAUUUCAUUUUUAAAAUUGUGCCUAUGUUAAACCCAGAUGGAGUCAUCAAUGGAAACCAUAGAUGUUCAUUAGCUGCAGAAGAUCUGAAUAGAAGAUGGGACAACCCCUGUCCUAAGUUACACCCUACUAUUUACCAUACCAAGGGACUUCUACAGUAUCUACAGAUGAUAAAUAAAUCUCCACUGGUAUACUGUGAUUACCAUGGACACUCGAGGAGGAAGAACAUAUUCCUGUAUGGAUGUAGUCCUACAAUGUCAUGGAUACCAAAUGAUUCAGUUAACCCAGCCACUACAGGAAAUAGAAUGGAAGAUAAUGCUUAUAAGACACUGCCAAGGAUUUUACACUUAACAUCUCCAGUGUUUUCCUGGCCGAACUGUAGUUUUCUUGUGGAAAAGGCUAAGGAGACAACAGCCAGGGUUGUGGUAUGGAGGCAGAUCGGGGUGCUGAGAAGUUACACCAUGGAAAGUACAUACUGUGGAAUUGAUCGUGAUGGAAAGUUUAAGGAUCAACACAUUACAACCUCGAUGAUGGAAGACAUGGGACAAAAGUUCAGUGAGGCCCUGAUCAGAACUCGUACCAAAUACACAACUGAGAAUAUGGUAUCUUUCCCACCAUUGUCAGACUCACAACAGAACCUAGGGGCCACAGCUCAGGAUCCAGAUCUACUGAAGAAAACUGACAGUAAGAAAAGUGGUGACGAUGACGAUUUGGAUGAACCAGUACAUAGACGACAGACAUUACACAGGAGAGAGGAAGAUGAGAAUCUAUACAGUGGUGGAGAGGAUAUCGAUGAUAUGAACGAGGAAUCAUCUGAAGAGGAAAUGUACGGAGAUGAUGACGAAGAAAACUAUGCUGAUGACCAAUCAUAGUCUUGAUACGUAGAGUUGUUUCUCUUGGACAGUGAGGAAAUGUACGGAGAUGACGAAGAAAAGUAUGCAGACGAAUGAAGAGUAUAAUUAUUUAUUUUCAACAGAUAUAAUGCUUUGUUUUAGUCCACAAUUUACAUAAGGAUGUAACUUGCUGUAUUUCAUAUAUUUGUCUAAACUCUUUUCCUAAUCCAACGUAUAGGAAUGACCUCAAUAGUAAUAGUGUAUUAGUUACUACUUGUUGGGAAUAUUAAGGUUUGAUUUUAGUUAUCAUAUCAUUUUUUUUCAAUUGAACUUAAUGCGUUAGAAUUUUUGUAAAAAAAAAUUUACAGAGUUAAUUGAUCAAAAUAAGAUGUUAUAAUAAGUACUGUUCAAUUGAAUUUUAUAAACAUUUAUUUUUGUUUUAUUUUGUUGACAUCAUUAUUUGUUAGUAUAGUUUAGAAUUAUACCUUAUAAGUAUUAUUAGAAAUCUCAGCCAAAACUGACUGACCUUAUGUCAUAUUAAUUAUACAUAUAUCAUAUCUUUUAUGCUGAUUUGUUACAUGUACAUGUGUAAUUAAAUGACCGACCAUUUUUAUUUUUAUUUCAAUGUGUGGUUUUUAUUUUCUUCUUAAAACUAGCUUUAAAAUUGAUAUACCAAGUAUGGUUAUGGGUAUUCUUAUUCUUUUUGUUUUUCAUCUUUUUUAUAUUUUCUUUGUUAUACAAAACAACUAUUUUUACCUCUUUGCAAUAGCGCCUUUCAACUUUAAACUUGUGCUUAUAUAUUUAUCAUAAAAGUAGCAUUUAUUUUUAUUUAGAAAAUUCAUCAUCUUUAUUUUAUUCUAUUGAAAUGAUUUAAAACUGCUGUUGAUUAAAACUUGAUGUAAAUAAACAAGUAAGAACAUACAAUUGCCUUUUAGAUAAUGAACAUUACAAAAAACCUUUCAAUUUAUUGAUUUACAACCAAGAUCUGUGAAAUCAUUUGUUAUUUUGAAACUUUGUCAUAUAUAAGCAUCAACAACUAGCUGUGAUAGUAAUGAACUUUGUCAAUAUAUUUUUUUUUCAUUUAACAUAUUGUUAUUUAUUUUAAGAGCUUUACACUGAUAUUGUGAAAUCUUUGACUAGCCAAAAACUCCUAUCCAUACUUUCUCUAAUGUGUUUUCUGAACGUCUAGACAUUUGUAUAUUAAGUAUAUAUAAGGUAUUUUUUUUAUUUUAUCAUUGCAGCAUGUAAAUCCUGCUUGUGAAAUAGAUAAUUCUCAUUAUAAUCUCUCUACACAAUUUAAGAUUAUUGUACAACAUGUAUUUAGUUUAGACUGAAAGAAGUUAUUUAUUCAUUUAUUAUAGUUUUAAAAAUACUGCCAUUCAUGGCAUCAUAGACAUGUUUAUAUCAGCCAUUUUGUACAAGUGUAAAAAGGGGGCAUUAUUUGUAGAUCACUGUUGUGAAGUUAAGAACAAAGAUUUAUAGUUUAGAUUGCUAAAAGAAAAUUGAUAUAUGUAAAUUAUUGAAUUAAGGUGGUGCAUCUUUCUCCUACAUAUUAUUUAAAUUAAUAUGGUAAUCAGAUAUAAAUACACAACACUUUGUACACUGAAUUUCAAAAACAAAUCAAACAAAAACUUAUAAAUACAUGUUUGGGGUGAGUUAACUUAUUUAUUUUUGUCCAAUGAAAGUUAAUAUCUUCUAGCCAUAUAUAUGUUAUCGAAGAAACAUUCAAAAUUAAAAUGAAUUUAAUGCACAAAAACUUGUUAACAAUUUUGUAGGAGACAUUCUCCUAGGCAGAUUGCGGGGUGAAUCCCCCUUUCAAAAUCCUACAUCGGCAUCUGAUUCUAAGCAUAACCAUAGAGAAUAGAUUUGGACAACAGAAUACUACAAAAGAAAUAUAUCUAGUGUCUUGUUUGUCAUCAAGUCCAUAUCAUUUCUAUAGCAUUUUUACUGUUAAAACACAUACAGUGUGACUCAGGAUAAAUAAAUCAAAAGCUUUAAUUCAGUCAUUAUCAAAGGAAAAUAAUAUUUUCACCAUUGGCAUUAUACAACAAAUAAUUAUACAGGAAUCAAUCAAAAUGAUCUUUUCAGUGAAUGCACAACUUUUUGUAUAAACAAAUUAAUCUUUUUUAAUGUGUUUCUUAAAUUCAUACAUCAACCAUGUCAACAGAAAGCAAUAUAUUCAUUUUUCUAGAAUAACUAAUAUUUUGGUAGUUGUAAAUACCAGAAAUAAGCACUGACAUACGAACAUAUCAAAUUUAAAUUGAAUGCAUGAAAUUUUACAGCCAAAUUUGUUUGGUUGUCUGUAUAUUAUUUUUGAUACUGAAACCAAAACUAUUCAAUUAAGGUUAAAGGUUUAAUUCAGCCAACUUUUUGGAUCCCCUUAUUCUAAAUUCCCCGAGUGUGUAAUGUCUUUUUCAAAGAUAAUGCAAUGCCUGAAUUAUCUUUUUUGGGGUUAAGACUGUUGCUCAUAUUUUGACCAAGCAUGCCAUUUAUGAUAUGACAGUCAACAUUUUUAUGCACUGGAGCGGCCAGGCCAUGUCAUUGUAUCAUAACCAUUUGGCAAUAAAAGUUAAAAAGAAUUAUAAAGAUUAGUAAUGUUUUUGGUGCAAUGUUAAAGGCCAAAUGUGGGUCUUGUAGAACAUCCUGACUGUGUGGUUAAUUAACUGUUUGUUUUAGAUGUUUUUGUAUUGUUCUAUGUUGCUGAAGCUACACAUAUUUGCAAUGAAUCAUGAUGCUUAAAUACCUAUAACCAGUAUUUAUUUUAUAGUUUUAUUUUUGAUCCUUAUAUGAAUGUUUAGUAAUCAAGCUGAUUGGUCAAGCUUGUUUUUGUUUUGGGCCAAUGUCUAUAAUGAAUUAGAUCUGUCUCUUCACUAACUUAUUGAUAUGUUGAUGUAUAGUUUUAAUCCCUGGAAACCACCAUGCAGGUUCAGUUGUACAAUAUAAAAACUGGUAUAAGAAAAUUGUACCUUCACCUUUUAUAGAUGGAGCAAAGAUUUCAAAUAAACAAUUAACGAGUAAAGGGCAAUGAUAUACUUUGACCUGACAUUGAUAUAGUCUUAUAAAGAAUCUAUAAUAGAAGAGUAGGGAUAGGGAUUUAUAAUGAAAACCCAUACCAGUCUGCAUGCUUGAUAUUUAGAAGGGUUGGAUAGAUUAUUCAUAAUAAUAAUAGUUUGGCCAGUGGCCAGUAAGUGUUUAAUAUUUCAGAAUGUGAGACACAAAUGAAAUUGGAAUUUGGUAGAAUUUGAUAAAUAUGUUUUACAUGUAUAGCAAUUUCAAUCUGACUCAAAAUAUAUUGUAGAUGUAAUUCUAUUUUUAAAAUUAGAUAUGAUGAAUUUUAAGACUGUGGGUAUAUACACAGAACCAUAGCAUGUUUUAUAAUGAGAAGAGCCAAAUGCUCUAAAAUAUGAUUAAAAUAAGAUAUUGUUUACAAAGCUGUACUAAACUGAUACAGGGUGCUAUACCUGACAGGGUAGGUUACUCAUUGUAUUCAAAUGUGAUAAUAAAAUUUUUUUUUUUAGAGAUUGUCUUUAAAUUAAGCAUUUUCACAGAUGUAUACAAAACCAUACAUCAAAUUUUCAAAUUUCAAAAUUUAUUUUAAUGGUCUGACAUUUAAUUUAAUGAACUGACAAAACAAAAUCAGUUGUAAAUAUUUUUGUUGGUAGCCCAAUCAAUUCCAAAUAUAAUCAUUUUUGAAAGAAAAUAACAUUUAAAGACUGUCCCUAAAAUCUGACAAUUUUAUUUUAUUUUUAGAUAGGAAAUGACAUAUAUUUAAUUUACAAUUUAUUAUGUUUUAAUAAUUUUAUUUUUAAAUAAACUUUGUAUUUAAACAUGUACUAACUAUUCAGAUAAUUGAUUAUGAAUAAAAAUGCUGGAUCAUUGAA